GGCUGGGUUGCAACAAUGGGUCUAGAAACAUUGUCAGAAUGCUGCUUUGCAUAACUACCAUGCAGUUUGGGUCUUUGACAUCAUCUUUGAUGUUUCUUUUCUAGUUACAUGAGCAUUGUAGAGUCGCUUCCAACCUACGGAGUCCAUUAUUAUGCAGUCAAGGAUAAGCAGGGAAUCCCAUGGUGGUUAGGACUCAGCUACAAAGGAAUCUUCCAGUAUGACUAUCACGACAAAGUGAAGCCAAGGAAGAUCUUCCAAUGGCGCCAGCUGGAGAACCUCUACUUCCGCGAGAAGAAGUUCUCCGUGGAGGUGCAUGACCCACGCAGGGCAUCGGUGACCAGGAGAACUUUCGGACACAGUGGAAUUGCUGUGCACACUUGGUACGCCUGCCCUGCCUUGAUCAAGUCCAUCUGGGCUAUGGCCAUCAGUCAACACCAGUUUUACCUGGACAGGAAGCAGAGCAAGUCCAAAAUCCAUGCCACAAGGAGCCUGAGUGAAAUCGCCAUUGACUUGACGGAAACUGGAACUCUGAAGACCUCCAAACUAGCCAACAUGGGCAGCAAGGGGAAGAUUAUCAGCGGCAGCAGUGGAAGUCUUUUGUCAUCAGGUUCUCAAGAGUCCGACAGUUCUCAGUCUGCCAAGAAAGACAUGCUGGCUGCCUUAAAAUCCAGACAAGAAGCCCUGGAGGAGACGCUGCGCCAGCGCCUGGAGGAACUGAAGAAGCUGUGUCUCCGGGAAGCGGAACUUACUGGAAAACUGCCAAGGGAGUAUCCCCUCAACCCGGGGGAGGAGCCCCCAAGCGUGAGGAGAAGGAUUGGUACUUCUUUUAAACUGGAUGAACAGAAAAUGCUACCCAAGGGAGAGGAAGCUGAGUUGGAACGCUUGGAAAGGGAAUUUGCCAUCCAGUCCCAGAUCACGGAAGCUGCUCGACGCCUGGCCAGCGAGCCCAAUGUCAGCAAGAAGCUGAAGAAGCAGAGGAAGACCUCCUAUCUGAACGCGCUGAAGAAGCUUCAGGAGAUUGAAAAUUCCAUCAACGAGUACCGCAUCCGAUCGGGGAAGAAGCCAACCCAAAGAGCUUCACUGAUCAUAGAUGAUGGAAACAUUGCCAGUGAAGAUAGCUCCCUCUCGGACGCUCAUGUUCUGGAAGACGAAGACUGCCCGGCUACCAGCACAAUAUCCCCUUUGCAGUCACCUCACAAAGGGCUCCCUCCUCGCCCCCCCUUGCACAACAGGCCUCCCCCUCCCCAGUCUCUGGAGGGUCUUCGGCAGAUGCACUAUCACCGGAACGACUACGACAAAUCCCCCAUUAAGCCCAAGAUGUGGAGCGAGUCUUCCUUGGAUGAGCCUUACGAGAAGGUGAAGAAGCGUCCUUCUCACAGCCACUCCAGUCACAAGCGGUUUCCCAGUACUGGAAGUUGUGUGGAAGGUGGAGGAAGCAACUCCCUCCAGAACAGCCCAGUGAGGAAUCUCCCUCAUUGGAACACCCAAUCCAGCAUGCCAUCAACACCAGAUCUACGCGUACGAAGCCCACAUUAUGUCCAUUCCACCCGAUCGGUGGACAUCAGUCCUACCAGGCUGCAUUGUUUAGUUCAGCACUUUAGACACCGGAGUUCUAGUUUAGAGUCACAAGGAAAGCUUCUCGGCUCGGAAAACGAGACGGGGAGCCCUGACUUCUACACGCCAAGGACUCGUAGCAGUAAUGGGUCAGACCCCAUGGAUGACUGUUCCUCCUGUACGAGCCACUCCAGCUCCGAGCAUUACUACCCGGCUCAGAUGAAUGCAAAUUACUCCACCCUGGCAGAGGACUCACCCUCCAAAGCUCGCGAGCGCCAGAGACAGCGGCACAAGUCAGCCGGAAACCUCGUCUGCUCCAAUUCAGGAAGCAUGCCCAACCUGGCUGCCGGGAAUGGGAACGGGAACGGCCAUCACGGUGUCUACCUGCACAGCCAAAGCCAGCCUUCCUCCCAGUACAGGAUCAAAGAGUAUCCGCUGUACAUCGAAGGGAGCUCGACACCGGUGGUGGUGCGUAGCCUCGAAAACGACCAGGAGGGACACUACAGCGUGAAAGCACAGUUUAAAACGUCCAAUUCGUACACGGCAGGGGGCAUGUUUAAGGAAAACUGGCACGGAGAUGAAGUGGACUCCAUCCGGUUGACUCCUUCCCGGUCUCAGAUCAUAAGGACUCCUUCACUGGGGAGAGAUGGCCACGAAAAGGGAUCGGGGAGGACUGUGGUCUCGGAUGAACUCAGACUAUGGUACCAGCGGUCCACGGCCACCCACAAAGACCACAGCCGGUUGUCGCACACAAGCUCCACUUCGUCGGAUAGCAGCUCCCAGUACAGUAGCUCCUCUCAAAGCACCUUCGUUGCGCACAGUAAGGUAACCAGGAUGCCUCCCAUGUGCAAAGCAACGUCAGCUGCCUUACCUCACCAUCCGAGGACUUCAACCACCACACCUAGUGAUUGUGGGUCUUUGACCCCCAGCUGCCCACACCACAUCUUAGCUUGGCAAACUGGGAACUACAGCGAUAGCUGUUACCUGGAUUCCGCCCUUUAUCCAGAACUCUCCGAUGUCCAGUGGUACGGACAGGACAAAGCCAAGCCUGGGACCCUAGUCUGACCUCAGCUGUUCAGAUGCAUCCAUGCCAUUUGUGGGGAGAAAAGAAGAAGAAGAAAGAAAUCACCUUACUGCCUCUUCAUUUGCCUUAUCCAGCUGCCCGACACCAGCUUCAAGCGAAAAAGCACUUUUGGUCAUCGGACAAGUGAAGGCGGUUAUCACCGAAGGAGCGAUUGUGUCAGUCGUGCAAAAAAAAAAAAAGCCCCACCCCACCAUUCUUCAGUCCCAGUUUUGCACCCUCGUUCCUCCCCAGCAGGUGUUAAGGCUAUUAGGGUGUCCAAUCCAAAACUCUUCCUGGAUUAUCCUUGUCCUUCAGUGUGCAAAAACAUAUUCUGACAUGAACCAUCAGAAAUUGAAAAUCCUGGUUGGAAACGUAAAACUCAAAGCGGCUGCGAAGAAGGAUGGCAAACGCCCGUUUUGGUUCAAUGGCAGGAGAGCUGGCCAGGCUUGGUCUACAGGGACGAGCCAGAAGGUCAUCAAACCAAUUGGCGGUCGCUUGCCAAAGAUUUCGGUGACUCGCCCAAAGGAUUCGCUUUUCUCUAAAACGGGGUGAUUUUUUUAAGAAGUGGCAAUAGCCUUUUUGAUGCCCUUUUGAGACCCGACAAACCUUGAACCAUUUUAGAUCAGGGAAUAUCAACCCAGGAUAAAAUGGUGGGGUGGCCUAGAGGCGGAUCUCUUGCCCCACAAUCAGGAGACUGUGAGUUUGAUCCUAGGUAGGAACAGAUAUUUCUCUCGCUGGGCAGACUGAGAAUAUAACUGCCAAACAAGACUCCGCUCUGGUGACAGGAAGGAUAUCCGGCCAUUAAAACACUCUGUUAGUGCCAUUCAGGUGCCAAGACAGAUUCCAUCCCGCAAGGGAUGACAUGAAAGAUGAAUAUCAGCCCAGGAUCUGUUGGGAGAAACCAGCUGGGAGAACAGGGAGGCAGGCCAAAUUAUAAGAGGAAAGGGGAAAUUUUAGUUCUUUUUGAAACAUUCCCUGGCAAAAAAAUUGCAAGAGCACACCGUGAUAUUGCUUGGAAGAACGGUCAUCGGAUGAAGUGAAAAUGCCACCCAAAAUGUUCAGUGUUACAAAAAGAAAAGAAACCAUAUAAGGGAAGAGCUCAAAUUAAGGGACGAAAUUAAGGGAAGGUAGAUCGGGAUAUAUGGAACGUGAUCUCAAAAGUAUAUUAUGCAUCCCCUCAUCGUAGGAAAAGGCUUUGCGAUUCGCCAGGGGAGUUUUUCUUAUACGAAAGAGAGCGUGUCCGAACUCAAUUUACUUUUCCCUCCGUUCCUAAAAUGAAACCAUCCGCCCUUAAUUCACCCACACUGAAUUCCCGAAAAAACGAGGUUGCCGAGACGGAGAGGGAACGAACGCUCAAGCCAUGAUUUUGAUGAAUCUAGAAAGCCAUCCAACUUCCAAAAAGCCUCGAUAUUUUUAUAAGAAUCCCAGAAGCGAUGUCUGCGGUCCCGGUAAUCCGUUCUGGGCUGACCAUCUUCACGAGCCCACGGGCUUCUCCACACGCCACCAUCCCUGCAUCACCCCUCGUCUUAACAAGAGCUAAAAUCCGUCUUUGGGGGAGGGGGGAGGGGGGGCCUUGCAUUAGCUACCCCCUGAUCUGGCCAGAUCUUGAAGCGAGCAAACCAAGUCUCCUCUAUGGUGCUACUUUGAUUUUUUAUGGCCACCGGACAACAUCGGUGUCCUGCCUUUCUUUUUUUGUGUGUGUUUGUGCGUCAGUUUGGCAAUAGCAAAAAAAAUAAAAUAAAAAAUUCAAGAGAGAGUCCAAAGAGCAAAUAAUAAUAAUACCCAUCAACUGCUUCCAUUCAUUAAGUGGCGAGGAAUAGUCAGGAAAAAAAUUAAAAAGAACUUGAAAGCAGCUCGCUCUUGAAGAAAACGGAUCACAGAAGGAACACACAAAGGUUGAAAUGCAGAGGGGUGAACAGGAGAACAAAAAAUGAGAGGCACAUUGUUGGAUAAUGUACAGCUAGUCCUCAACUUGCAACAGUUCGUUUAGUGACCAAGUUUACAGUGGCAGUGAAAAGUAGAGACUUAGGACCAUAUUUCCCAGGGGUGGGAUUCAACCGGGGUAACAACCGGUUCGAUGAAUGCGUGCUUUGUGCGCACAUGCGUUGUUUGAAAACUGUCCGUUUUCACCUCUUAAUAUUUACCUUCUACUGCAGCCCCGGGGAGUGAGACAGCUGAGCUUUGCAAUCCACUGUGCCGGGCGGAUCAGCUGAGGUGCAAAACACGGAAGUGUAGGACAGACUAGGGCAGGAGCAGGCAGGUUGGGCCAAAUCAUCGCCAGAACAACCGGUUCACUCGAACCGCUCCAAACCGUUUUUUUUUCCCCACGCUUUACAUCCCCAUAGUCACACGUGAUCGAAAGUCAGAUGCUUGGCAGCCGAUUCAUAUUUAUAACAAGCCCGGGAGGGGAGUGUCACAUGAACCCCUUCGGCGACCUCCUGACGGGCCAAGUCCGAAGGGGGAAGCCAGAUUCACUUAACAACCAGGUUACUCAUUUAACAACUGCCGAACGAAUGGGGGAGGAAAACUCAUCAAAUGGGUCAAAAAACCCCUCACUUAGCAACUGUCUCGCUUAGCCACGGAAACUUUGGGCUCAACCAUUAUGACGCUGCCGCCGUCAGAAAUGCGAGUCAGUUGCCGGGUGUCUGGAUGUCAAUCACAUGACCGUGGGGAAGCUGCAAUGGCCGUGCAGAGAAAUGGCCCGAAGUUCCUUUUUUUGUCAGUGACGACGUAACUUCAGUCACUAAAUGAACGAUUGUAAGUCCAGGACGACCUGUGUUUAGGCCACGGACCGACAACGGAGAGAUCCAAAGAGUCAGGAUGGCAACUGCCCACCCGCCCACUCCAGAGCAGGCUGCCUAAUCCGGAAUCAGGGGUGGGGGGGAAAUUCCAACAUUUCAUUUUAUGCUGAUUUGCACCCAGAAUAUCAAAAUAUUUUCCUUUAAAUCUGGCCAAUCGUUUACUUCUUCGCUUAGCCAAACCAGAAAAUAACCUUUUGGGUGAUCUUGGAACCGCCCUGCUUGGGUCGUUCAGACAUUUCUUUAAGGUGAAAAUAACUUCUCCCCUCGCCACUUGCUCAUGUCUCUAUGGUUUUCUGUGUUUUCCAACCUUGGCGACCCUGAAGCUGGGUGGACUUCAACUCCCAGAAUUCCCCAAGCUGGGGGGAAUUCUGGGAGUUGAAGUCCACCCAGCUUCAAAGUUGCCGAGGUUGGAAAAUGCCGGUUUUGUCGCAUCUUUUUGCUCGUCCUCUUAUUAGGGGACAAAAUGAACCAGGGUAUCGGAGAGCGAGAAUUAGCAGAAUUCUCCGCUUUCUUCGUCAAUCUGUCAUUUUUUUCCGGAGGGAGGGAAGGAAUGAUCUACUAUCUACUAUUUUAAAACAUGCAAAACCAUUGAAACGUACCACUUCACAGGUUGUUGUUUUUUUUUUUAAAGAGAGACCAACUUUUCGGUUCAAACAAGCAGCCAGAAAUCUUGAUUGAUUCUUAAUUCUUAUUCUUUUUAAUUUGUAUGCCAAAUGAUAAAGCCAGAAUGCUGGCAGAUGACCAGGGUCAAAAUGGGAAAGGAAGUUUUCAGGGAGUUUUCAAACAAAAUACAGAAUCGCCAGGUUCUUGGAAAGGAACCCUGCAAGCAAAUUCGCCCCCCCCCCCCCAGUUUGUAAGUUGAUGAUAUUCAGUGUUACCCAUCACUACUUCAACAAGGUUGGUUCACAGCCCAAAAAUUCACCUCUGGACCACUAAAUGCACCUUCUAGUCUUAUCAGGUGAGAUUUUUGGGGUGUGAAUGAGCAGAAGGACAAAACAAAAAAAAACUCUACUCUCCACAACUCUAACCCUGGCUGCAAAGUUAAUUUU